AUGGCAUCGGGAGUUAAAGUUGAUGCUGCUUGCAAACAAGCAUAUGAUGAUUUACAUAAUAAACACCUCCAUUCAUAUCUAAUUUUUCGAAUUUCUGAUGAUGAUACAACUAUUAUUGUUGAGAAAAAGGGAGAGAAAAAUGCACCAUAUUCCGAAUUUGUUAAGGAAAUGAAAAGUUUAGUUGGAGAUGGAAAACAAUGCAGAUACGCAUCAGUUGAUGUCCAAGUAGAAGUUCAGCGACAAGGGGCUGAAGGGAUAUCACGAAUUUCGAAAGUUAUAUUCGUUCAAUAUUGUCCAGAUGAAGCUCCAGUUCGUCGUCGUAUGCUUUACGCUUCUUCUGUGCGUGCACUUAAAGCUACAUUAGGCUUAGAAAGUCUUUUGCAGAUUCAGGCUUCUGAACUUUCUGAUAUUGACGAGAAAGUGAUUAAACAUGAGGUAAAUUUUUAA